GACUACCAUUUCAAAAUAUCGUUUCGUAUUGCAAUUUUUUUCAAAAACUACCUAGAAAAUGUCAGAGGUAUUCUAUCCGCGAAACGAUGUUGGCAGCACUUACUGGAAUUAUCUAUUAAACGUCAAAUUGUCAAGUGACUCAACUUUAAGGUUGUGAAACAUGAUUGUUUUUGGAUAGCAUGUUUGGAUUAUUUUUUUUUUAUAAAGGCGCCAAUGAUUUACACUCUAUAUGGAUUUGCACUAUUUUUUUUUAUAUUCUGGUGUGCUAUGUGGUUAGUACAUUUAAUAGCGAUAGUUUAUGGUAAAUAUAGGCUGCAUAGAAAACUUAAUUCCAUACCAACAGAUGAACCAUUUCCUGGGGUCUCAAUUCUGAAACCACUGAUGGGGGUGGAUCCUCACUUAGUUUCAAACCUCGAAACCUUUUUUACAAUGACAUAUCCCAUGUAUGAAAUAUUUUUUUGUAUUGAGGAUGAGAAGGACCCCUCUCUGGAUGUGGUGAAUGCUUUAAUUGAAAAAUAUCCUAAAGUUAAAAGCAAUAUUUUCAUAGGUGGUUCUACAGUAGGAGUUAAUCCAAAAAUUAAUAAUAUGAACAAAGCAUAUGAAUCAACCACAUAUGAACUGAUUCUUAUUUCAGACAGUGGAAUUCGAAUGAAAGAAGAUACCUUACAAGACAUGGUGGAACAUUUGACUGAAAAAACCGGUAUUGUGCAUCAGAUGCCAUUCACAUCAGAUCGAAAUGGAUUUGCAGCUGUUUUGGAAAAA